GGUAGAUAUAUAGAUGAAGGGUGUCGGGACUGUCAUUCAAUCCCAGACUUCACAACAUGGAACUUUACGCGGUCCUCUCAAUCGUUGCUCUUGCCGCCAUUCAGGGCGUGGCCGGCUCCGGUGACUGUCUGACGGACGCCUACUGUACGAGUGGUCAGUGCUGCUUCCGUGGCGGGUGGCGGUCAUCCACAGGAGUCUGUCUUUUGCGGCAACUCUUCACACAGUACUGCAAUAGCCCACCUAAACCCUGCACAAGCCAGGCGCAGUGUGGAGCUCACGAAUGCUGUAAGGAGACUUCUCCAGGAAGUGUGGCAGGAGUGUGCGCACCUCACGGCCUCGAGAAAAGCAAUUGCAGCUUGACCUCGAACCCCAACAACCCCCUCGUCGCCAUGUGUUCUUGCGAAAUGGGCUUCACGUGCAAACUGCGCCCUGACACACCCAACUCAAAUGAAGGAACGUGCGUGUCUCCAUUGACUCACGGAUGUCGCUCUCACAGUGAUUGCCCCAAGAAGAAGUGCUGUACCACAUUCGGCGACCAUUCCGUCUGUACCACGCCCUCCGGCACUUAUGGAAGGUGCCCGACACAGAGACUGUUGUCGACCAUUAUACACCCCAUCCUGUAAUAAACCAUGCACAUCACAC